CCCGGAAACGUGAAAUCCCGGGCUAUGAAUCGCAAGAGACAGCUCCUGGCGUCGGAGGCCUUUGGGGUCAAGCGGCGGCGGGCGCCGGAGCCCCUGAAAGCGGAUCCCCUGAGGGCGGGCGCCGGGUCGGCGCGCGAGGCGGUGGCGGAGCUCGCGCAGCUCUUCCCCCGCGGGCUGUUCGAGGACGCCCUGCCGCCCAUCGCGCUGCGGAGCCAGGUGUACAGUCUGCUGCCGGACAGGACGGUGGCCGACCUGCAGCUGAAGGAGCUUCAAGAGCAGGGAGAGAUCAGAGUCAUCCAGCUGGGCUUUGACUUGGAUGCCCAUGGGAUUGUCUUCACUGAAGACUACAGGACUAGGGUCCUCAAGGCCUGUGACGGCCGACCGUGUGCUCGGGUGGUGCAGAAGUUCUUGACCUCAGUGCUCCCAGCCUGUGGGGACCUUAGUUUCCAGCAGGACCAAAUGACACAGACUUAUGGCUUCAGGGACCCGGAGAUCACGCAGCUGGUGAAUGCUGGGGUCCUCACUGUCCGAGAUGCUGGGAGCUGGUGGCUGGCUGUGCCUGGAGCUGGGAGAUUCAUUAAGUGGUUUGUGAAAGGGCGCCAGGCUGUACUCAGCAUGGUGCGGAAGGCCAAGUACCGGGAGCUGCUGCUGUCAGAGCUCCUGGGCCGCAGACCCCCUUCAGCUGUGCGGCUAGGCCUUGCCUACCACGUGCAUGACCUCAUUGGAGCCCAGCUGGUGGACUGUGUCCCCACCACUUCCGGAACCCUCCUUCGCCUGCCGGAUACGUGAGGAGUCAACCCUUGGGCUCUCCAGCCCUCUGAGGGGUUCCUGGAAGCACUGGCCUGGAAGAACAGGCCCCCGGGAUGGGCACCAGGCUCUGGCCCGAGCUGUGCUGUGGGCGCUGCAGCUCUGCGCUUCUGUGCGUGUGGAGCCGGGAGCCGCGCCAAGGGGAUAGGAAGGUGGGACUGCUCGGAGCACCAGGGAAGGGAGCAGAGAGCUCCGCCCAUCGUGUCAGGUUGAAAUUGCCAAAUAAAAUACUUGUCACUG